AUGGACCCUCUGCACACACCACCCAAGGAGCGACGCUCUCGGACGAGCCGUCCCAAGGUGCGCACUGGCUGUGUGACCUGCAAGGCUCGGCGGAAGAAAUGUGACGAGGCUCGCCCAUGUUGUCGCACUUGUGUCAGCGCAGGGCGCGAGUGCGGCGGCUAUCAGGACACCAUCGAUCGAAGAACUCGAGCCUGGAAAACCACCAAAGCCACGGUUGACUUACCUUACACGACAACAAUUGAAGUUCGACAGAACCAAGUUACUGUGGCGAACGAAUCCGGUACCUGGAUUUCCCGCCUUUUAGUAGAUCCGAGCCAAGCCGAUCUGUCGCUGUCCGAGCGUUGGUAUCUGGGUUUCUUUCGCUCCAGCACGGCUUCGCAAUGCUCGGGCUACUUUCCGCUGGAAUUUUGGCAUCAAAUGGUGCAUCAGGUCAGUGAGGAGGAGCCGGCUGUCCGUCAUGCGAUCAUUGCCAUCAGUGCCCUCCAUCGAAGUUUCGACACAAUAAAGUCUUCACAGAACCUGGGAAAUCAAGACGAUCCUCAAUUGUUUCCCCUGCGACAGUGUAACAAGGCCAUUACUUGUUUGCAACAAAGAUUGCAGAGUGCAAGCUGUGGGCAGGAUUCCCACAUGCUUAUCACGUUGGUUACUUGCGUUCUUUUCGUUUCGUUUGCAUUCCUCCAAGGAGAUACCAACGCAGCCAGUUGUCAUCUACGGCAUGGGGCCCGUCUCCUGCAGGAGUCAUACCUAAGCAAUACGAAGAAGAGCAUGGAGUAUGGACGAGCGUUGACGGAUGUAUUCUACCAUUUAGAGUUGCACUGGGCGAGUCUCCGGGAGCCAGAGGCGGUUAUCUUAGGGCACGAUCACUCCAUCGUUCAUUCUAUGGCUCUCCAGAACCCGGUGUGGCGCAAGCCUGUACAUUCCCUUGGAGACGCAUGUAAUCUCUUGAUUGGUCUGGCGUGGCUUGUAUGUGAGAACGAUCCGGGCAACAGUAAGAUGGCCGUGGCUAGGGAGAUCCUGGAUAAACACCAGGACGCGAUUUUGCAAAAGCUCCAGCUUUGGAAGACAGAACUAACUGAGUCACUCGCUCGCGAGAAAGCGAUUUUAUCACCAAGAGAUCGUCAUACACUAGCUGCCCUCGACUUAUGGACUGAGAUUAUCAUCAUCCGAGUCUCGACAGAUAGUAGGCAGGACGAGGGAGAAAGCAGGUUUGACUCUUUCACAUCAAACUUCCGGCGUGUGGUCCAGCUCGCCCAAUCUGUUCUUUCUUCCGACUUCAGUCAGUCUCCCAUACCAACAUUCUCCGUCGGAAUGGGUAUGAUCCCGCCUCUCUACCUUUGUGCCUUCCGGUGCCGCGAUUGGUAUAUUCGGAGAGAGGCGGUGCGGCUAUUGCAGAGAUGGCACCUUCAAGAAGGGGCCUGGACAAGUUCCGGGACAGCUUUUGUUGUGAAUCGAAUGAUCGAGAUUGAGUCGGAGGGUCUUACACAGGGUGAGCUUGUUCCUGAGCGUGCGCGUAUUUGUGCGAUGCGUGCAGGUGCCCUGUCUGAUGGGUCCGGAAUCCGAUUGUGGUAUCGCCGUUCCCAGGGUGGUAGCUCAACCCAAAACGACGGUAACUGCGAUCCCUGGGAGUCGGAGAUACUGCCCCUUUGA